GCCGCCGCGGCUUCUUCGCGUCCAAGUGGCAGAAGAGGCUGGGGCACCUGCUGGAGGGCCGGCGUAGGCCAGCGGUGCCCGAGAUUCCCGAGAAGGAGGUCUACUCCGCCCCCUCCGAGAUCCGCCCCGUGCGCCCGGUGCUUGGCUCGAAGCGCACUGGCGUGCUGGCCUACAAGAUCGGCUGCAUGGGCCUGUGGGACGAAUGGGGCGAGAAGCACAUGGUGACCGUGUGCCAGCUGGACCGCCUGCACGUCCUGCAGCAGAUGACGCUGCAGAAGAACGGGUACGAGGCGCUGCAGCUCGGCCUGGGCUACAGGUCCGUCCACCGCCAAACGCGGACCAUGCUGGGCACCUUCAUCAAGGCCGGCGUGGGCCCGAAGCAUCACGUGUGCGAGUUCCGGGUGUCGUCCGACUGCCUGCUGCCCGCGGGACACCAGAUCUCCGCGCGGCACUUCGUGCCGGGCCAGUGGGUCUUUGUCUCGGGCUGGAGCAAGGGGAAGGGCUACCAGGGCCCGAUGAAGCGCUGGGGCUUCCAAGGGGGCGGCUCCGACUUCCGCGGCCACACCAAGUCCCACCGCGCACACGGUUCGAUGGGCCAGAAGGGCGCGAAGAAGGUUUGGAAGUACAAGAAGGCCGCUGGUCACAUGGGCCCUGAUCCACGGUGCGUCAAUGCGAAGGUGUUCCGAAUCGAGUCCGAGCGCAACUUGAUCUUCCUCAAGGGCGCUCUCCCAGGGUACAAGGGCGCAGUCGUCAAGAUCACGGACGGGCGCGGGAAGACCGCGCUGAAGAACAAACACAUCAAGCUGCCGUUCCCAACCUUCGUGCCGAUGCCAGAGGUGGAGUACCCCGUCACCGUCCAGCAGCCGCCGCCCGAGAGG